AUGCCUCCAGCUCCGGCUUCGGCUUCGGCUCCGGCUCCUCCUCGCCGUCCAAUCCCAGAGGAGCUCAAGAAUGUCUACCUUAUGAUGGCCAUCCAAGAAGCGCCCGAGUCCACCAUCCGGACUGUUCUCCGAGCUCUCUGCGGAGACGCCGAGUACAAGGCACGAAUCGUGACUCUUAUGUUCAACAAAAAGCUCCCACUUAGACCCGAAGCCAUCACCACGGCAGCUGAAGCCUCCACAAGCGCUUCAGGAUCAAGAAAGAGAAAGGCACCCAGCACGGAGAUCUGUAUCCAAUGUGACGAGCCCUUCGAAGAAGGAGACAAGAGCGUAACGUGCAAGCAUCAUCUGUUUGACAUGGAACUAGACGAAGACGACGAGACUUGGCUUGAGAUGCCCAUUUUUCCAGAGGAAAUAGCGGACACUCCGACCAAGUAUCCCGGGGAUGUGAAGGAGAGUUCUAGCGAGGAGGACGACGCCGACGAAGAGACGGACGAGGAUAAUGAUAACCCGGAGGGACGGGUUGAGGGUAAAGAGAAGGACGGCGAUGAGAAAGAGGCAACUUCGAACGCUAUCGCCUUGGCGCCCGAAGACACUGUCCGCGCCGUUCUCCGCGCUCUCACAGCAGAUGACGUCUUCAAGUCACGCAUUGCGACACUCAUGGCCAAGCUGCCACUUAGACCUGCGACCACAGCAGCAGAAAACAGUGGCGAGUCGAAUGAUGCUUCAAAGAAACAGAAGGCUGCCACUGCGCAAAUAUGCAUCCAAUGCGACGAACUCUUUGAGGAGGGCGAUACCUCCGAAACGUGCUCGUAUCAUCCUUACGACAUGGAAUUAGAUACGGACGCACCCGGUUGGAUUGAAUGGCCUCGUCGAGGAGUCCAAGAGACUGAGAUUAUGCGAAGGGAAAACCCUGAUGGGUUCGUUUACCCCUGUUGCGAAGCACUGGGCAGUGAGGGACAUGUGGGUUGUACGAUAGGUAGACAUAGGGCUGCGGAUGGAAAGAGGGGGAAGUUCCCGGGGAGCGAUGAUGAGAGUUCUAGUGAGGAGGAGGAAAAAGAGACGGAAGAAGAUGAAGAUGAGAAUGAUGGGGGCAAGUGAUGAGAAGGAUAGGAGCAUGGACACCUUCCCAACGGGUACCUAACCUCAAGGCCAGAGAACGCGGCAGAGGUGCGUAGGUGACCAAGGGUUAGGGUACAGAAGUGCAAUGUUCAGUAAACAGAACCAUCGGGCGGAUGUCAUCUGUUGCUUUUUUUUUUGUUUUUCUUCUUCUUGAACACCCAUACCUGGCCAAAUUAUUUUGCAAAGCAUAUUGCAUAGAGAAUCAUGCAUGGCC